UAUUAGUUAACAUUAAAUGUGAUAACUGUUGUUAAAUGUUUAGCUUUAACUACCAAGAUGGAUUAACCGCUUUGGAAAUCUUCGGAGUAAAUUUUUUAAACCCCUUUGAAAAGUUUACACCCUUUUCGCCGCCCACAACACUGCUGGACUUACUUGUCGGAAGUAGUGGGUUAGGCUAUCAGUUUAAGGAUGUUAUUAGAAGCGAUGGCCAGAAUAUAAGGCUCAGUUCCUUUCCCAUCAUUGAUAUAAAUGGGCGAGGAGACUGCCCCAAAAAUGACCUUCUCCUUGUAGUUCUUUUUAUAUUAUUAACUCCUUCUGUUUACGAUGGAAAGGAAGUGGGUGGAGACGAACAAAGCGUCCUGUUUGUGAACACUUCGUAUACUUUUAACUUCCGACGGUUGGUUAAACUUAUAAAAAAAGAGAACGUAGAAAACGUUAAGGCGCGCCUUAACUACCUUUUAAAGAGCUUGCCAAAAAAUAAAGAACUAGAAGAAAAAGACACCAGCUUUAGUUAUUUCGCCAAGCAAGGCGUUAAUAACUUUUGUUUAAUGUCUUCGGAGGCUACGACUGCUCGAGGUGGAGGGGAAAAAUUAUAUGAGACGUGCUUUGACAGACUUCACGUUGUUGACGUUACUGACGAACUUGGGCUCUUAGCCACUUUAGAAAACUUAAAAAAUUUUAUAGAAACUCAGCGUACAAGUAUCUUGAUUUUAAAUGACUUGUCUUCCUUCUACUGGAACAACCGAUUGCUUGUGAAACGCACCACGGGUACUCGCUUGAGACUGCAGAAAACUAUCUACCGACGCCUCCUAGCCCUUCGAGACGAGUACAAAGUAACGAUUAUCUGCUUCAACCAAGCGCCCUACAGAAGGUGCGGGGAAGAGCUCCCUUGGAAUCUACCGGACUACUCCCCAGAAGAAUGGAGGGCUGCCGUCGACAUUCGCAUUAACUUCUGGAGCUCAGAACCAACGAGCGGCGAAAUCCCAAAGACGUUCUUUAAGCUUAUGAAUCACCGAGAUGCUCCGAUAAUAAACCUAAACCACUGGUUUACCCCUUUGGAGCAGGCGUGACUGUGAGCUGCCAAAAAAAUAUAGAAUUUUCCUUAAGCUUAUUAAUACAUUUUAUACUGUUAAUUAUUAC